AUGUCCUCCGGAGUCUUCAGGGAUUGGGAAGGAUUAAGGUUAUAUUCCAACACCCUGGUGUGUACUGAAAAAAACCAUUCUCCGAGUCACCAGAAUGACGAGAUGGAUACCAGUGAAGCCAGCAUCGACACAUCAACAUCACCAACUGAAGCUGGUCAGAAGCUUUCCUACACACAGCCAGCGUUCUGGUGCUCCAUAGCCUACUACGAGAAGAACCUCCGCGUUGGGGAGAUGUUCCACGCCUCGCAACCUUCGCUGACCAUUGACGGGUUCACGGACCCUUCUAGCUCGGAGAGGUUCUGUCUCGGUCUCCUGUCAAACAUCAAACGGGACCACUCCAUCGAAAUGACGCGGAGACACAUAGGCAAAGGAGUGCGGCUGUACUACAUAGGAGGCGAGGUUUUCGCAGAGUGCCUGAGCGACAGCAGUAUCUUUGUACAGAGUCCGAUCUGCAACGUCCGCUACGGCUGGCAUCCUGCUACCGUUUGUAAAAUACCACCUGGCUGCAACCUGAAGAUUUUCGACAACAGAGAAUUUGCGGCCCAGCUCUCUCAGUCCGUCAGCCAGGGCUUUGAGGCGGUCUACCAGCUAACCCACGUCUGCACCAUCCGCAUGAGCUUCGUUAAAGGCUGGGGGGUGGACUACCGGCGGCAGACGGUUACCAGCACCCCGUGUUGGAUCGAGGUGCAUCUCAACGGUCCCCUGCAGUGGCUAGACAGGGUCUUGCGGCAAAUGUCCUCGCCCAAUGAAAAGUGUUCCAGUAGCUCCUGAAAACAACGGUACUGCCGUUGGUAAGAGACUAUCACGUGUUUGAGUACUUUGCAGGUAUAGUGCUAAAAGUCUCGGUCGAGUCAGAUGGCAUGACUUAGUGCUGACAAGUGGAAUAAAUCCAUUGUCAUUGGCACUCAGUACCCGUUUCAGAUUAGCAUUCCAGAGUCUAAUUGUUCCAAAGAUUGGAAUCACAGACAUGACAAGUUUGACCGCUGCACUCACUUGGAGCGACUCCAAAAUCUACUUAACCAGGCAUGCAACUUUUCCUUGGAUCCACUGAUUUCCUCGUUUUUUACUUCUCAUGAAUGCCAGUUUUGUGUGGUUUGGAAUUUCCUGGGUUUUUUUCUUCAAAAUUCCCUGUUGCAAAGUUCAUCUGGCUGCAAUCACAAUCUAUUUUGGUCGGCCGUUUACUUUUGGCUCGGCGCGACUGUGGAAUGCCAGUCUGUUGAAACUUUUUCCGUGUCUCAUGUAAAUGGUUUGAAAGGGGAGUCAUGAUGACAUGUCUCACUGGACCAGAGUCUCGCACUCUCGAUGAGGAAUUUUUUAAGUCAGCGGGUUAUCCAAAGAAAACCCACUCAUUUUUAUUUUCAUUAUAAAAAAAACCAGAAGAAAUGAUUGUGUCUACUGAGUUUUUUUUUUCUUGACAUUAACUCUACCACGACUCCAAAAAUCCUCCAAUUUUCAUACGAUUUAUCACCCACCCAAGGGGGUUAGGAUUCAAUUAUUUCAUAGAUUUUGAAUUCACUUUGAAACAGUUAGGAGGGACUUUCCGCACAUGAUGUCGUAAGAUGGAAAGUUGUAGUAAAAUUGAAAUUAAUGCAUUAAAAUCGUCUGUCUGAAACAAAGUAAAAAAACCCUCAGUUUUUGGUCAGACUGAGCCAGUGAGACUCUGGAAUGCCAGUUUUAAAACAGGUGUUACAUGUAAUUGAAAACUGGUGUUAAAUCCUGUGAAGUAUUCAAACACGGUGACCGCACCUUACCGAUGGUUCAAAUGAUCGUUUUGUUUGUUGCACCUGUGUACAGAUUUAUGAAAGUGUAAAUAGACCACUCACUGAUCAAUAAACAGUGCGGGCCACACUAAAAGCCAACACCAUUUUGAUGUAAAAGUUUAUCUUAGCUAAAAAAAAAAGUGUUUAUAUUGUACAAAGUGCAUGCCGAAUCGAUGAAAUUUAAUAUAUGGCCAGCCAAAAAAUAAAAGUCACAAAUACUGCCUGGCCUUUUGUUCGUUUGUUUACAUUUAAUUGCGAUCAACAAAUGUAAAUACAGAUAGAUUGAAAAAAUAGAAGUAUUUUGCUAAAUGUAAGUUUUGGAUAACCUUGCUUUUUUAUGCAAGAGUUGAUAAUGUCAUUUAUUUGACAAUUUAAAUUUUUUUUUUUUUACUGAUGGAAUAAUAUGACAGCACUAGGAGUGUUUGCAGUUAGAUCACACAAAAUCGUGUGCAUGUACACUCUUGAAAAAAAAAAAGCUUGACAAAUUAAAAAUGCUUUGAAAUAUAAUCUGCAUUUAUAAUUCAAAAGGGAAAUAUUUUUUUAAUGUGCCCACCUAACAGGCAGAUCGUUGAAAGAGAAACACGUGUACAUUUGAUUCACUCGUACCCCCCGCUCUGUAAACAGGACGCUGAGAAGGGCUGAUCUCUUCGAGCUCUCAUUGGAUAGAUUUUGCAUGACCUGUGACGUACAUGCAGCACUGCUGCUGUUUAUCAUAUGUAGCGCGCGCAAGCUGCAUGCGGAGGUCAAGUGACCCAUAAUGCCAUCCGUACUUCCUUCACAAGAUUCUGUGAAGUGGCAUCAGCCUUUCCCAGUGCCCUGUUUGCAGGGCGAAGGGUACGAGCGAAUACAUUUGAAUGCAUUGUUCACGGUUGCUGUUGUGCCGCAGCAAAUGUUUUACAGCCGGGUAUGUUUGCCAUGUAAACAAAUGAAUCCGUUCUCUGCUUGUUUUUGUAAACAGAAUUUUGUACAACACACUUAUAAAUCAAUUGAUUAUUGUAACAGGAGGACACAUUUUGUUUUCGUUUACAAGAGCAAAAGGUCAAGUUUUUUUAGUCAAGUUGGAAAUUAAUUACACAGCACAUUUCAUAGAGUUGCCUGUAUUUACUUGCUUUUUUUUUAAACCUUUGAUUUUAUGAAAACUUUUGACAUUUCUUAAACAUGGACAAUGCUGUGCUUUUCUUUAAUUGUAAAUCUUGCCAUCUGUAACAAUUUUGUUUAAUUAUAUGGAGCCAUUUAUACUAUUUCUACACUUGUAGAUAAGGUGUCACAUGGUAUUUCUCCUUUCUUGUCUUUUUUUUCCAAGCUGCAGCUUUUUAUAAAAAAGAGUGAAACCAACAAAAAGAACUAGUUCUCCACAGAAAGUGUUUAUAAUUUGUUGAUUUGAUAGCGUAAAUAUAUGUAUUUUUAUCAAUCCUAAUAAAAAAAACAAACUCUACAUCUCA